AUGAAUUUGGCAUUGAUUCCAAAGUUCCAUCAUGUAAGGAAUUGGCAAUGGAGAUUCUUCUCCUGGUUUCCACAAUCUGAACAUGCACGCGUGGAACAAUUGCUUUGUGAUUGCUCAAGUUUGAGCCAUCUUCAACAGACACAAAGCUUGAUGCUUACCAGAGGUCUGGACCAAGAUGACAUUCUACUCUCCCAAUUCAUACACACCUCUGCUUUUCUGGGCUUUUCCUCUUAUGCUUAUUCUGUUUUCAUCUAUAAUCAGCGACCCAACACCACCAUCUUUGUCUACAACAACAUCAUUUGGGCUCUAUCCUCAUCCAAUCCCAUUCGCUCCAUUUCUCUAUUCAACACCAUUCGCUUACUUGGGUUGCGACCCGAUUCUUAUUCUUUCCCUUUUGUUUUAAAGGCCGUCGUUUGUUUAUCCCACGCUGUUGUUGGGGCGCAGAUUCAUUGUCAAACUAUUGUUUCUGGGUUGGACUCUCAUCUCAGUGUGGUCACAUCCCUCGUUCAUAUGUAUUCUUCUUGUGCUCAUGUUCCAUCUGCUCGCAAGCUAUUUGAUGGAGUUAAUUUGAAACAUGUUUCCCUCUGGAAUGUUAUGCUCGCAGGUUAUGCUAAGGUGGGGGAUAUGUCCAAUGCCCGCAACUUGUUUGAAUGUAUGCCUCAAAAGGAUAGGAAUGUUGUUUCAUGGACUGUGCUUGUUUCAGGUUACACACAGACUCAUAAUCCCAAUGAGGCUAUCAUGCUGUUCCGCGAAAUGCAGCUCCAGAAUGUGCAGCCAGAUGAAAUUGCAAUUUUGGCUGUGCUCUCAGCUUGUGCUGAUUUGGGUGCUCUUCAGUUGGGGGAGUGGAUUCACAACUACAUUGAAAAGCAUAAGAUGCGUCAGAUUGUUUCUCUUUAUAACUCUCUCAUCGAUAUGUAUGCCAAAUCAGGGAACAUAAGUAAAGCACUCAAAUUGUUUGAGAACAUGAAGCAUAAAACGAUCAUAACAUGGACAACAAUGAUUGCUGGACUUGCUUUGCAUGGUCAGGGAAAGGAGGCCCUUCAUGUAUUUUCUUGCAUGGAGAAGGCUCAAGUCAAGCCAAAUGAAGUUACCUUUAUGGCAAUUCUUUCUGCUUGUAGCCAUGCUGGAUUGGUUGAACUGGGCCGUGAUUAUUUCAAUUCUAUGAGGUCCAAAUAUGGAAUUGAACCCAAGAUUGAGCACUAUGGCUGCAUGAUUGAUUUGCUUGGACGUGCUGGCUAUCUUCAAGAAGCAAAAAAACUAGUUGGGUUGAUGCCUUUUGAAGCAAAUGCAGCUAUAUGGGGAUCCCUUCUUGCUGCUUCAACUAGAUGUGGUGAUGUGGAGUUAGCAGUGGAAGCAUUACGUCAUCUAAGACUGUUAGAACCCCACAAUUGUAGUAAUUAUUUACUCUUAUCCAAUACUUAUGCUGCGCUUAGCAAGUGGAAUGAAGCUAAAAUGGUAAGGAAGGAUAUGCAGGACACGUGUGUGGAAAAGGUGGCAGGUGUGAGUUUUAUUGAGUUGAACAACAGAGUAUAUGAAUUCACUGCUGGAGAUAAAUUAAACGUCAACUUUGUUGGCAUAUGUGAUGUUCUGCAAAGCAUAAAGGGGCAAUUGAAGAUGGUUUUUAUGAGAAACCCACAUAGAGAGCAACUAUAUUUUGACGAAUGA